AUGGGUGAAUUAAUUGAGUAUACUACAGUGCCUCGACAUGGUAGAAGAUUUUAUAAGUUUUCCAGCCAGUGUUUAGUUUUCUCAGUCCGAGCACCUGAAAAUGUUUACAUUGGACUAGCAAGUUGUCCUGGCUAUUCUUCAAUUCAUCAUUGGAUCUUUAUUGAUGAUUACGAUCAAAACACAGGUGUGAAAGAAUUUGAUGAAGAUAUUGUUACAGUAAAUACCCCAAACAUCCUGAAUAAUAAUGAAUAUAAGAAAUUUCUGCUGACUUGGUAUGGAAAGAAAAUUGAACUUAGUAGAUUUGGUGAAACAACACCCAUCUUUUCCAUUGAAUGUAGCAUAGAGAAGGAAGUACAAUUUGUAACAUUUUCAGAAUUGAAUCAUGAUGUUAGUAUAGAUUGGAAAUUUCUAUUACCUCCUCAAGUAGAGAGACCUACUUUAAAGCCUAUAAUAGGAGGUAAACCAUAUUGGGUGCAAUAUGAUGGGAUCUUGCCAUAUGGUGCUCUAUUAGGUGGUUAUGAGAAUGAGUUUCUGUACAUUAUGAGAGCACCACAUGAAGGAUCUCUAACACCAGGAAAGUUUGUUCCAUCAAUGAGAUGCGGUUUUGUGGCAUGGGGUUCGGAGAGUCAUGUGAAAACUGAUUUUGAGAUACUAUGUAUGCAUGAUUGCCUAUGGGUGCCUACUGCAAAUAACGUCAUUCCCUCGGGAGCAUUUCCAGCUGGAUAUACUGAAUAUGCUGGUGCAGAAGUUAUGUAUAUAGGCCGCGCAGUUCGAGAUGGCCAUUUAAUACCAGGAAAGGUCGCCCCAUCACAUAGUGUGUGCUACUUUGCUUAUGGAAAUGACACAGUUUAUGAAAAUAAUUACGAAAUAUUAGUUGCUCCAUAUUCUAGUCCGAGAUGUACAAAUAGCAUAGUAACACCUGUAGUCAACUGUGAAACUUACCAAGAAUAUGAUGAUAGUUAA